UUUAGCUGCUAAAUUAUUGCUUGCAGCUUAAAUGUAUAAAUGGGGUUUAAAUAUAAAAUGGCAUUCAAAGCUCCUCGUUUCCACAUGCUUGCACACCCCAUGAGCAGAUAUGUGCUUGCAGCAUCAAAGGAGAACUUCUGAUGACAGAGGAAGGCAGUGGCGGAUGGGGUCUGACUGACAGAUAUCAGUAGGCUGCUGUCGCACGGAGGUUUCCGGAGUUGUUCUUCAACGGUCUAUCAUUCCACCGCGCAAUGAAGGAUCAAAACUACGGCGAAGAAGUUGCGAAAAUACUUGAGGAUGCCCCCUCUGCCCGCAAAGCACUUUUAGACAACUACAACAAUUUACACGAAGUAGCGAAGUAUUGUGAGAGCAACUACCUGCAGUCUGGAAAUGACACCAGCAAAGCUCUGGAGGAAACCAAGGCCUUCACUACUCAGUCUUUGGCGAGUGUGGCUUAUCAGAUCAGCUCUCUGGCCACCAAUGUGCUCAAGCUUCUGGAUGCACAGACCCUGCAGCUCCGCAACAUAGAGUCAUCCGUCAACCAGAUCGGACAGACAGUGGACAUGCACAGGGAGAAGGUGGCCCGCAGAGAGAUUGGUGCUUUCACAGUUGCCAAGAGGGUUUCACGCAGUCACAAGAUUAUCCCCCCUGCAAAAAAUAAAGAAGCCAAGCUCAAGUACUCCCGCACACCCAUCUCUUUCUCCAGCCUGGACUCUGUUGGCCAUGGCGUGAAGGAUUCUGGCCAACCCCAGUUAAAAACAGCUACCAUGACACGGAGCGGCAGCACACUGAGUCGAGGCAGCCGUCCCCCGGAGCCUGUCCAGUGUCCUGUGGCUCCCACUCUGUCUCAUGGAGCGUCCGUCACCUCACUUAAUGACAAGUCUAUUGCGUCGAGCUUUGGUAAAGCCGUGCCGCCCCCUGUGGUGCCCAGCUGGCCCACCAGCCCUGAUAGUGACAUCAUCAGCAUGCUGCUGGAUGAAGGACCACCCCCACCGAUGGAAGCAGAGGGUGAAAAGGAACACGGGCAGACGACUGAUCAAUCUCCACCUCCACCUCCACCUCCUCCCCUCGACUUUACCGACAUCCCCCCACCUCCACCCAUGCCUGCUUCAGUCAAUACAUCUGAUCCCAGCAGCCUGAUAGCCACCCCACCACCUCCUCCACCAGCUCCACCUCUUGAAACAGUGGCCGAGGAGAAUGGAUUUCCUCUACCAGAAGCUCCCAGUGACAUGCCUCCUCCACCAGCCCCUGAUGGCCUUGAUCUUCCAACCCCACUGCCUCUGCCUGAUGAUCAGAACUUUGAAGCUCCGCAUUCUCGCCGGUCACGAGUGCGACGCCAUCCUCCUAGCUCUCGCUCUCUCUCUCUGAGGGUCCGCAUGGGCCCUAGCGCUCGCUCGCUGUACACACGCUCGCUUUUUCUGCCCUCUGCUCAAUCACUCAUGAUACCCCCACCCCCUCCAUACCCGCCUCCUCUGGCUCCGCCUGCUUCAUUCAGCCCAUUGUGCAGGAUCCCUGCUCGCCUAGAGCACCUGGACCUUGAGAUUCCAGCGCCGCCCCCAUCACCACCAGUAGAUGGUUUUGACAACUACGAGGAUAUGCCCCCUUUACCACCUCCUAUUGAUUACGACAUGUCUGCACCAGCCGACUAUUUGGAGAAAGUGGUGGCACUAUAUAGCUACAACACAGGCAACACAGGUGACCUGUUCUUUCAGGAGGGGGACAUCAUCUACCUCACCAGCAGAAGCGAGGAUGGCUGGUGUGAGGGAGUUCUGAAUGGAGUAAAGGGUUAUUUUCCUGGCAACUAUGUAGAGUCCACCGCUUAACUGGCCGUAAGAAUCCAGAAUGUCAGUGAAACAAUUAGUUGACAUACAAGAUGUAUUUGCAUUUUAUCAAGUUGAGAACUUGAUUGAGAGCUGUUGAAAUGCUUUUAUGCUAUGUUCAAGUUUUAGAAAAUCCCAACUAACAUGCAGACUGAUGUUUCCAACCGGAGAGGAGUUUGUGGACAUGCAAAGCCUCUCCUAUUUUAAAGUGUACUUUGGUCUUACAUAAUGAUGAUGAUAAUGAUAAUUGAUUUCUCAGGACUUUAAGUUAUAAUCUAAAAGUGCAACAUUUUAAGAAACGUUUUUUUUUGUACACUGGUUCACAAAGAAGUAGAUGGUGGGUGGUUAUUUGUUAAUUCUGUGAACAUAUUUGUUUAAAUUGAGUUGAGUAAAUAAUGAAAUAAUAUAUUUGUGUAAUAUAAUUUAGUUUUGUAAUUGUAAACCUGUAUUGCUCAUGAGAUGUUAAUUCAGUAACAAUUUCAUGAUGCCAAGUUAGCAUUUACAGUCCAUAGAAUCAAUAAAAGGUUAAUAUUAAUGCCUGGGAGUCCUGGGACUAAAGUUUAAUUUCUUUUAUGUAAAUUAUAACUAUCCACUCCUUAGACAAAUAUAUUUUGCAAUGUUUAUUCAUGAUUAUCUGGCUCAUAAGUACCAGUAGCCUUUUUUUUUAUUAUUCUCUUUUAGACUGUUUCACAAUGUUUAUUUCAUGUUAAUGAAAGAUAUUAAACUGUCCAAAGUUUUACCUAAA